UGUCGGACGCGUGUCACAAGUAGGAAGAUAAAGAGAUUGGGAAAUAAUUCUCUUUGAUGCUCGGAAAUUUGAAUUUUUGUGAAAUCUUAUUAAUUUUGAGUCAUCUGAAAGCAAAGUAUUAGUACCUAAGUGACGUAUUUUAGAUAAAAAAAUAACUUCUCCACCUCGAGAUGGAUGAUGUAUCCAGACUAUUUUGUUUAAGUUUUUGCAUGUUGGUAGGAUGUUAUUUAGCGGGUGCCAUACCUCUUGCCUUCACCAUGUCUGAGAAGAGACUGAGGAUGAUCAGUAUACUGGGAGCAGGUCUGUUGGUGGGAACUGCACUUGCUGUUAUUAUUCCAGAAGGGGUUCAUGCUUUAUAUGAGUUAGAUCAAUAUGGACACUCUUCUCAUACCCAUGGUACACACGUGCAUUUAGCAGAUACAAAUGUAGAUGCAACACAGUCUCACUCAGAUCAUGAUGAAGCUCAUACACAUGUGGAUGUUCUAAAGAACCAGAUGUCACAAGUAGAACCUGAUGUAUUUAUUGGUCUUUCCUUAUGCUGUGGAUUCGUUUUCAUGUUGUUGAUUGACCAUAUCAGCGGGGGCCACUCACAUGCCCCUCCUGCGUCAGCUGAUGGUGUUGCCCUUGGUGCAGCUGUAACAACAUCCAAAACAGAAGUUGAAGUAAUUGUGUUUGUAGCUAUCAUGUUGCAUAAGGCACCAGCUGCUUUUGGUUUAUCAACAUUUCUUCUUCAUGAAGGUCUUGUUAGAAACAGAAUACGUAAACAUCUUAUCGUAUUCGCUGCAGCUGCACCAGUGAUGGCUUUAGUGACAUACUUUGGUCUUAGUCAGAGUAGUAAAGAAGCCCUAUCCAGUGUAAAGGGAACUGGAAUAGCCAUGCUGUUUUCAGCAGGGACAUUUCUUUAUGUGGCCACAGUGCAUGUCCUGCCAGAACUCAUGAGUAUGACUACACACAAUGACAGUAGUUCAGACCAAGGCCGGUCUGACAAAAUGCAAAGGACUGAUCUUUUCUUAAUGGUGUUUGGAAUCGUUUCACCUCUUUUACUAUCUCAAACACAUAGUCAUCAUUGAUUCUUGUGUUAUUUUUACUGGAUUCUCGUAUGUUUUUUUUUCCUUGACCUCCAUACUGUGGCAUGGUCACAAGUAAACGUGAAAAUGUACAGUAGACCGAAACCCUAGCUGACUGACCAUUUUGCUUUGCAUGUGCACUGUAAGUGCAUGUCUGUUCAGGUAGGGGUUUAUAGACCAGCCUUUCACAUGUGCAGUAGAAAUCCCUUGUUCCCUUGUGGAAAUUAUUGAGAAAUUGCAAAUAUGGAAAUCUUUGGGUUGAGAUGCUUUGUAAAGUUGUUUUUAGGUGCAUACAUGUAUGUAGAAUCUUGUAAAGCUUAUAUACAAGACUAAUGAAGAGGGUUUGUCCAAAAUAGAAAAUACUUGAAAACAUAUCAAAUUCUGCUACUUAAAAGGAUUUUUAAGAUCUUGAAGAGAUCAAGUUCUGAAAAGAAAAAGUAUUGGAGUUUACUCCUUACUUGGUACAGCGAUUGCUUAAUUGCUUGGUGAAAGUUGAAUGAAAGGAACUUAUCUGUAAUAAACUUGUCUGAAAUAUUUAAAUACUACAGUACAUACUGCUACUAGUAAAGUCAAAGAGUUUUCAAUUUUGAGGCAGAUGCGCAUCAGUCAAUUCCUCUUCAGUUCAUGUCAAGCAAUUUGACUCAACCUUAUGUGGAAAUGUAGAUAGAAAAAAGCCUUUUUGUACAAAAAUGUGUACAGAUCAUGGGUCUGGUAAAAAGGACUUUGUAAACAGGGAGAAAAAUAACUAGAGACUACCAAGUUACCUGUUUUGUAAACAGCUAAUGGAGCAUCAUUUACAAAAAUAUAUUUUAAUAACAUCAUUGGCACUGCCUUUACUUGGCAGUUGCAUGAAUGUUAAUAUAUUUGUAUGUACAUUCAAACAUAAUGAGUUAAUUUAUAUAGGGUCAUGCUGGGUAAGGUAAAAUUCUCUCGGAAAAUAAAAAUGAAAUACAGCUCUUUAAAUGAA